CCGCUGGGUUAGGCUACUGUUGGUCCGGCGCAUGGAAGUGACGUCACGGAUCCCUCGCGCUUCGGCUAUGACGCCAUCAGCGUGCGCCGAACGUCAGUCGGUGUCUGUGGCGAUGAUGGCGGUGCGGGUGAAGCGGGAGCGGGAUUCCCGCUCGUCCUCCGGGCGGAGCUCGCUCUCCGCCUCCGCCUCGGGCCGCGCUCCGAAGCAGUCCGGCGGAGGGCCUUCCUGGGGAGCGGCGGUGAGAGUGAAGCGGGAGCCCGAGGAGGACGAGAAGCCCCGGAUCAAGCAGGAGCCCCCAGACCCGGAGGAGGAAGAAGGGCAGCUGCAGCCGGAGGAGGAGGAGGAGGAGCCCCCCGGUGCGUCCCAGGAAGAAGUCAAGUACGGCCGCUUUGACCCGGAGGACCGACGCAGCAGGCAUUGUCCGUACCUGGACACAAUAAACAAGAGCGUUCUGGACUUUGACUUCGAAAAGCUGUGUUCUAUCUCGCUUUCUCACAUCAAUGUCUACGCCUGUUUGGUCUGCGGGAAGUAUUUCCAGGGUCGGGGCUUGAAAUCCCAUGCCUACAUUCACAGUGUCCAGUUCAGCCACCAUGUCUUCCUCAACCUUCACACCCUGAAGUUUUACUGCCUGCCAGACAACUAUGAAAUCAUCGACUCUUCCCUGGAGGAUAUCACUUAUGUUCUGAAGCCCACCUUCACCAAACAGCACAUUGCUAAUUUGGACAAGCAGGCCAAACUGUCUCGGGCCUAUGAUGGCACCACGUACCUGCCAGGCAUUGUGGGACUGAACAACAUAAAAGCCAAUGACUACGCAAAUGCAAUUCUUCAGGCACUCUCCAAUGUCCCACCCCUGCGGAAUUAUUUUCUGGAGGAGGAGAACUACAAAAACAUUAAGCGCCCGCCGGGGGACAUCAUGUUCCUCCUGGUUCAGCGGUUUGGGGAGCUCAUGAGGAAGCUGUGGAAUCCCCGAAAUUUCAAAGCUCACGUCUCUCCCCACGAAAUGCUUCAGGCUGUGGUUCUGUGCAGCAAGAAGAACUUCCAGAUCACCAAGCAAGGUGAUGGGGUGGAUUUCCUUUCCUGGUUCUUGAACGCCCUGCACUCUGCCCUUGGGGGGACAAAGAAGAAGAAAAAGACCAUCGUGACCGAUGUUUUCCAGGGCUCCAUGCGGAUAUUCACCAAGAAAUUGCCACACCCCGAUCUGCCAGCUGAGGAAAAGGAGCAGCUGCUCCAAAAUGAUGAGUACCAAGAAAAGAUGGUGGAAUCCACCUUUAUGUACCUCACCCUGGACCUCCCCACCGCCCCUCUGUACAAGGAUGAGAAGGAGCAGCUCAUCAUCCCCCAGGUUCCGCUUUUCAACAUCCUGGCCAAGUUCAAUGGGAUCACAGAGAAGGAAUAUAAAACCUACAAAGAGAAUUUCCUCAAGCGCUUUCAGCUCACCAAGUUGCCUCCAUACCUCAUCUUCUGCAUCAAGAGGUUUACCAAGAACAAUUUCUUUGUAGAGAAAAACCCCACCAUUGUCAAUUUCCCCAUCACGAAUGUGGAUCUCCGGGAGUAUCUUUCUGAGGAAGUGCAGGCUGUGCAUAAGAACACCACCUACGACCUCAUCGCAAACAUCGUGCAUGAUGGGAAGCCAGCUGAAGGGGCCUACAGGAUUCAUGUCUUGCACCAUGGCACAGGCAAGUGGUACGAGCUGCAAGAUUUGCAAGUGACGGACAUCCUCCCCCAAAUGAUCACACUUUCAGAGGCUUACAUUCAGAUCUGGAAAAGACGAGAUACCAAGGAAGAGACCAACCAACAAGGGGCUUAAAGGUGAAAGCGGGAGCCUCUGAUGGUUAAGGGAGGCAAGAUGGCCACAAGGGCACCAACCACCUCUGCUGCAAGGUGAGGAUUGUAGACGGGCAUCUGUCUGGUGCUGUUCAGUGAAGCUGGUACCCUUUUUGGAGCAUACAUCCUCUGUUGCUGGUCCUGUGCCUUCUGCUAUGCUGUGGGUAAAAGGCAACUUCUUGGUAGCCCUUUAGUCUUGGCAGGGUGCCAGUUAGAGAAGUGCCAACAAGAAGGCAGCAACCAGGAGACUUUUUGGGAGCACAGCUGAGCUCCACUUGUGAAAGAAGUCUAUUCAAGAAACCUCCAUGGGGAAGAGAGAAUUGGAGGAGGGUCUGGUGGUCUCCUCCCACAUGUUUUGUUGGAUAUUUCUCCUCUCAUGUUUCUGCGCAUUAAAGGAUGUGUAUUUUUGGUUUUCUAA